AUCAAUUUUGUUGAGUGGGCGUCACAAACUAACAAAAACUCUCGACAAGGACACAAAGAGGAGCACAGCACACAACAAUACCGAUGACGUCAUUCAUCCCCUGUAUUUGCUCGGUGCUGAUUCUGACAAUAACUAGUGUCCACGUCGUAAAGGGAGGCUCAUCAGGAGGGACUGUGUAUACUCGCUGGGGUCGAAAGGACUGUCCAGGAUCAGCAAAGUUAAUAUAUUCAGGUUUUGCUGGAGGAUCUUAUUAUACGCACAAGGGCGCCGCGGUAGACCCACUCUGUUUGCCAACAGACCCUCAAUGGGGUUCCCACAACAGUUGGAAGGACGGGCAUAGAGGACUCCUUUAUGGGGCUGAAUACAAGGGUGUUCCUAGUGACUUUGUGUCCCAUCUCGUGGAUCAUGACGUGCCCUGUGCUGUCUGCGAAACUGUCGGUGAAAAGUCCGUAAUAGUUAUUCCAGCGAGAACAUCUUGUUACUCAGGCUGGAAAACAGAAUAUAGCGGAUAUCUGAUGUCCGGUAACUAUGACUAUGAGGCUGGUUCUGUAUAUUCAUGUGUUGAUCGAUAUCCCCAAACUGUGAUUGGAGGAAGCCCACGCAAGAAUGGUUAUCUUUUCUAUCUGGUAGAAGGAAGAUGUGGCAGUCUAAAAUGUCCACCCUACAUGGACGGCUGGGAAAUUACCUGUGUCGUUUGUUCUAAGGCAUAGAACAAACUAUUACAAACAUUAAAAU